CACGCGGGCCUGCCUCCGCGCAGACCUUCCAACGUUAAGGUUGUUAAGUAGGCAGCCUGCGGGUGAAUGGCUCUGCUGCAGGGGGUGCCCAACUGGGGAGUGCCGCUCCCAACUGGCCUCCAGAGACCUAAGCGGCCUGAGGACCGCAGACAGACACCUGAGGGAAGGAGGAUCUGGAGGCCUGCCUGCAGUACCAAACCAAGAUAGGGAGACUGAGUUCGGUGGGUGGAUGGUGCUGGAAGGAAACCCUGAAGUGGGGUCCCCCCGAACCUCAGACCUCCAGCACCCAGGGGACAAGGGCUCUUGCAUCCUCUCUUCUCCUGGUGAAGAAGCACUGCCAGGCGAGGAACCCAUCAAGUAUGGUGAACUCAUCGUUCUGGGCUACAAUGGGUGUCUGGCAAGUGGGGACAAGGGCCGCCGCCGAAGCCGCCUGGCAUUGAGCCGCCGGCCACAUGCCAACGGAGUGAAGCCAGAUGUCAUGCACCACAUCUCCACACCACUCGUCUCCAAGAUGCUUUGCCUACAUGAAUGUCUAUGCACUGUAAGCAUGCAGUGCCUGAGGAAGCCAGAAGAAAGGAUAGACCUGGAGAUACAAACCCUUGCCCUGAGCAACCGAGGCCAGCACAGCAUCUCAUACACACUGUCCCGGAGCCACUCGGUCAUAGUGGAGUACACACACGACAGUGACAAAGACAUGUUCCAGAUUGGCCGCUCUACUGAAAACAUGAUUGACUUUGUGGUAACAGACACAUCUCCUGGCGGAGGGGCUACAGAGGGCCCUUCUGCCCAAAGUACUAUCUCCCGCUACGCCUGCAGAAUCCUCUGUGACCGCCGGCCACCCUAUACUGCCCGCAUCUACGCUGCUGGCUUUGAUGCCUCGAGCAACAUCUUUCUAGGAGAGCGGGCAGCCAAGUGGAGGACUCCUGAUGGUCUGAUGGAUGGCUUGACAACCAACGGGGUUCUGGUGAUGCACCCAGCAGGUGGCUUCUCGGAGGACUCUGCCCCAGGUGUCUGGAGGGAGAUUUCUGUCUGCGGGAAUGUGUAUACACUUCGGGAUAGCCGAUCAGCUCAGCAGCGGGGGAAGCUGGUGGAAAACGAAUCCAACAUCCUGCAAGACGGUUCACUCAUCGACCUGUGUGGGGCCACACUAUUGUGGCGCACUCCUGCAGGGUUGCUGAGGGCACCCACACUGAAACAACUGGAGGCCCAGCGACAGGAGGCCAACGCGGCACGGCCCCAGUGUCCUGUGGGCCUCAGCACCUUGGCCUUCCCCAGUCCAGCCCGUGGCCGCACAGCACCUGAGAAGCAGCAACCCUGGGUCUACGUCCGUUGUGGUCAUGUCCAUGGCUAUCACGGCUGGGGCUGCCGGAGGGAGCGAGGCCCCCAGGAGCGAGAGUGUCCUCUCUGCCGCCUUGUGGGACCCUAUGUGCCCCUGUGGCUCGGCCAGGAGGCCGGUCUCUGCCUGGACUCUGGGCCACCCAGCCACGCUUUUGCGCCCUGUGGCCACGUCUGUUCUGAGAAGACUGCCCGCUACUGGGCCCAGACACCACUGCCGCACGGCACUCACGCUUUCCAUGCUGCCUGCCCCUUUUGUGGAGCUUGGCUCACCGGUGAGCUUGGCUGUGUCCGCCUAAUUUUCCAGGGGCCACUGGACUAGCUCUCUAGGGUCCUUGCUGCCAUGCUCGCCUGCCCAAUCAGGUCCCCCAUCUCCUGCUGUUCAGAGGGAGCUCUGCAUGUGGGACUCUGCCUGCUGGCAAUAACCACACCAGUUGGACGCAUUGGAUGGGCCGUGGCCCUCCCCUCAACUCUAGCCUCUAAGAGGGUCCCUGAGAUCUUUAUCCCAGUCAUACCGAUAGGGACUUUAGCACCAGCUCUGCCCCAGGCUGAUGGAGGGCACCCCAUGCCCCUGUCCUCCCUGGGUACCCUACAUCAUGCCGCAUAUACUGUGCCCCUGGGGGAAUGAAGGGGCCACAGCCCCUGACUUCCAGCUUAGACUGGUUGUGCCCUGAACCUGCCAAUCCAGUAACAGCUAUUCCUCGCUCCUGCUGUGGCUGUGGGUUACUCUAUAAACUGCUGCUCAGCUGCCCUUAAAGAUA